AUAAAUAUGAUAAAAACAAACUUCACUGUGACAGAAUUUGUGUUCCUGGGGCUCUCAUCUCAGCCAAAGGUACAGCUCAUUCUUUUCAUUAUGUUCUUAGUCUUCUAUUUAUUAACGGUGGCUGGGAAUAUUAUCAUCAUCACGAUUAUCCAGCUAGAACCUCUUCUCCAAACCCCCAUGUACUUCUUCCUCACCAAUUUAUCUUUUCUGGACACCUGCUACACAUCCACCAGUGUCCCACAAAUGCUGUCCAACAUGGCGGGGAAGAAGAAGACCAUCCCAUUCUCUGGCUGUGCUACUCAGAUGUACUUCUCCCUCUCCUUUGGAAUGAUUGAAUGUGUUCUCCUGGGUGUCAUGGCUUAUGACAGAUAUGCAGCCAUUUGCCAUCCUCUUCAUUAUACUGUCAUUAUGGACCGAAGCACCUGUGUCCAACUGGCAGCCAUUUCUUGGUCCAGCAGCUUCCUGAGUUCCAUGGUUGUCAGUGUCCUCACCUUGAGUCUGCCUUACUGUGGGCCCAAUAUCCUGAAUCACUUUUUCUGUGAAGUACCUUCUGUCCUGAGCUUGGCCUGCACUGACACCUCACUUACUGAGUUGGUCAUUUUUGUCUUCAGUAUCAUUAUCCUCUUCAUUCCUUUCCUCCUCAUCGUUGUUUCCUAUGUCAGAAUCCUUCAAUCUGUCCUGAGGAUGCGAUCAGCCUCUGGGAGGCACAAGGCACUGUCCACAUGUGCUUCCCAUCUGACAGUGGUGGCCUUAUUCUAUGGAACCGGCAUCUUCGCGUACAUGAGACCUCAAUCAAAGUCCUCCCGGGCAGGGGGCAAGAUCAUCGCAGUGUUUUAUACAGUAAUCACACCCAUGCUCAACCCCUUGAUCUAUAGCCUCAGGAACCAAGAUGUAAAAGAAGCUUUCAGGAGAGCUAUUGCAAAACAGAGGACCUGA